GUAUCCGCCCAUAUUUAUGUAAAGAGCGACCUCCAUACAGGCCGAGACGAGGGAGAGGAGUGAACGAGGAAGAAAUAGAUAUAUCUCCGUCCUAUCCUCGGGGUUAUAACCGCGAUACAUGCGCGACAUCGGGCUCGUAGAGUUCACACAGCGGUUCAUAUUAUAAAAAUGGCAAGAUCGGGCUUUAACAGAGGACUAUAACCUGCUCUUAACUUUUUAUUCGCCUUUUUCUGGCACGGACGCGGAACUUACAACACCAAAGGUGAAGAAUGACGGAAUAUAAGCUGGUGGUGGUCGGGGCUGGAGGCGUUGGAAAAAGUGCUCUCACCAUCCAGCUCAUCCAGAACCACUUUGUAGAUGAAUAUGACCCUACUAUAGAGGACUCGUACAGGAAGCAGGUGGUGAUUGACGGAGAGACGUGUUUGUUGGACAUCCUGGACACAGCAGGUCAGGAGGAGUACAGCGCCAUGAGAGAUCAAUACAUGAGGACAGGAGAGGGCUUCCUCUGUGUUUUUGCCAUUAAUAACACCAAGUCUUUUGAGGACAUUCACCACUACAGAGAGCAGAUUAAGAGAGUGAAAGACUCAGAGGAUGUGCCUAUGGUCCUGGUGGGAAAUAAGUGUGACCUGCCGUCCCGCACAGUGGAUACCAAGCAGGCUCAGGACUUAGCACGUAGCUAUGGAAUUCCUUUCAUCGAGACCUCGGCAAAAACGAGACAGGGGGUUGAUGAUGCCUUUUAUACUUUAGUCCGGGAAAUUCGAAAGCACAAGGAGAAGAUGAGCAAGGAGGGCAAGAAGAAAAAGAAGAAGUCCAAGACAAAGUGUAUAGUAAUGUGAAUAAUGCCUCCAUUUCAGUAUCGACUCUGAACAGCUGAAAUAUUAAAGAACUGCAUUUUGUACAUUACACUAAAUUAUUAGCCUCUUCAAGUACAGAAUGGAUUCCUAUUUUCCUUCAUUUGCUAUCUUACAAACAAGUUCUUCCUUGUCUAGUGCCAGAUGCCCCAAUGUGUUGGUCCUGAAUUACUUUGUAAUGUUAAAUUACAGCCAACAAUGAAAUUGUAUUGCCGAUAGAUUCAUUUUUCUCUGGCUAUUUUUCCUCAGUACUCACCUAGAGCUUGUCAUUUAGCAGAUAGAAAGAGAAUAGAAGCAACUAGCUUUCUGUACUCCAGAAUCCUACAGUUUAAUGGAUGUUUUGAUGUAGAUCUGUGGAGGAGUGUUUUGUGCAGUAUAAAUUAAAGGACAUCCAAUUGCAGUUUGCCACAUAAUACUAAUAGCACAGUGAACUUUGCAUAUAAGUAAGUUCCUGUUCCAUAUUCAGUUCAAUUCAUUUAAUGUUGUACAGGAAUGACCCCAUAAUUCUUAAAUCUGAUUUGGUUAUAUGAUGUAAUGAACAGUAUAUAUCCUUCUAUAAUAUUCCUAUGUAGGACCAACACUAUUUGGGGUAAUAUUUUGAUAUCUCCACCACUGUGUAACAGAUGGUUUAUCUAUCUGGGAUGUCAGAUUUAUAUUAACCUGCAUGUGAACAUCCAUAGUAGUCAACUUUAAGCCUUUGAUAAUGUGUGUGGAUGGUAACCUUUUAACCCCGAUCAGCGUUUUCAUUUGCAUGCUGUUCUUUGUGUAAUUUCCUGAAAAAAAAAGGCUAGGAAAUGUUCAAAUUCUGUGUUAAAACAGGCCCUGUUCUCCAGGUGGGAAAAUCUUACCCAAUCGAGUGUUUUUUGUUUUCUCUCCUUUUCCCUUCUGGAGAUGUAUUUCUUUCAGUGUUCUGUUUCAUUUAAUGAUUGUCCACAUUGAAUUAGCAUAGAGAUUACUGAUAAUAGCUAAAAUUUUAAACUAAAUGCUACAUUCGAGUAAAAAUCAGUCUAAAUGGUGGGUUUACAAGUUUUCUUAUUACAGUUUGUGUUAUUGAAUUUGUAAGAAGUUGUAAUGUUUGAUUAUCCAGCAAAGGCUUUUCAAGAUAAGUCUGCAGUAUGUGAUUCUCCCUGUUAUACUCAGCCAAAUGCCUUUUUAUGAAAAUGUAAUCAACCACUACUAAUAAUUCAGUAAUAAUAUUGAAUAUUAUUUAUCUACCUAUGACAAAAAAAAGCAAUGCCAACACAGGACUUAUGGCUCAAAUAGCCAUGUAAAUGGCUUCCAAAGGAGACAAAACUGACAACCCAAAACGUCUGUCUUUUUAUUGUUCAUUUAAACCCAAAAGACUGGUUGAAUAUGACGGGCAAUGCCGACGAUAAAAACACGUCAUUUCAGAGAGCUGUUAAAAACUAUGUUGCCUUUUUGUAUUUAUGGUUUGUCCUCUUUUGUAUCACAGAUCCUUAAUCAGUGCAUUUUCAUGUAUUCCAUCAUAGUAUAUGAAUGAACCGACCUGAUCUAUUGCUAAUGCUGCAUCUUCAAAGAGGCAAACACAUCAAAUAAAUAAACAAAUUCAGGAUAACUGUUAUUAUGCAAUGCUAAUCCAGGUAAAGGCUGUUCUAAGCUCUUCUGUUACCUCUGUCCCAUUAAGGUGUGGUAACUUGAGUUGUAACUGUAUUCAAUUUAGCAUUCAUUUUUGUCUCUCUCCCCAUCGCACUCUUCUUGUCUUUCUCUUCUGUUUGUGACGUGCCAAUGGAGAAAGUUCUUAAAAUACUUCAUGUAUACCUGGAGUGUAUUUUAACAACCUUUGUACAGUUGUGAUACAGAAAGAUGCAUAUUUUGUAAAUUGUGCUUUAGGUGAUUUUUUUUGUUGUUUUGUUAAUAAAUGUCACUUUAAUAGA